CAUGCAGUUUUAUUUAUUUAAGAAGAAGAAUAAUUAUGCAUGUGGUAGCUUAGUUGCUCUUCUUUGAUUCCAUCUAUCAACAAUUGAAGUGUUUUGUAUUUUUUAUUAAUUAUAUUUCCAUAUUAUUCAUAUGAGAUGCGAUGUCAUCCUUUCUAUAUGAGGGCUUUGAUUUAGUGCCAGUGAAGUUACAGAACCACGUUGAAUGCUUGAGCUGUAACGUAUUACAGCAUUGGAAUAAUAUAAGGACGCUUUUUUCUUUGGUUGCGUGACCCCAAGUUGAUGCAGUGCCUCCUUUGUUCCAUUUGAUUGAGCGGACUAGACGCUUUUAUCAGUAACCUUGAUACAUAGGAUUUGUUGAGUCUUGAGGCAUGGACAAUCAGAAAAACGAACACGAAAAGUCUACUUCUUCAGCUGCUACUGCCACAGCUGUUACCUCAUGUCGGAAGAAGAAGAAUGAGCAAGCUACGUUCUUGGAGGAUUUGAAGGAUCAUGUUGAUGAGUUUAUCCAUGCUUCUAUGGAUGAACACAAAACUUGCUUUAAGAAAACCAUUCAAAAGAUGUUUGGUUUGUCCAAAGUUGUUGCGGAAAGGAGCUCUGAUACUACCAAAGAAGUUGAAAGCUCUCUACCUCUGCGGACAACUGUACAAGAGUAGAAUCCCAAGACUUUGACCCUUUCGUUUGGCAAUACCCCGUAUGCACGUAGGUUAAAUGCAUAGAAGCUCUGAGGCCCAAAAAUAAAUUUGAGAGGCCUCAUCUCCCUGUGUUGUUUCAUGUCAGCCAUGUAAAUCCCCCCCCCUCCUUGGUUUCUUUUCUUUUAUAUUUCCCGUCCUGUUGAGAGCUGAACUUGGUGGUGGUAGUUACUUACCCUGAACAAGUGGUUUUAUUGAAUCUGGUAGCACUUGAAUUCCAACAAUCCGGUCCGUUUCUGUAAAAGUUGAGCAGUUUUGUAACGUACUUUAUAACUUAGUUGUUCA